UUCUUCUUCAUGAGAUAAUUUCUGUUUCUGCCAUUAUUGAUCUCAUCUAUUCUUCAAAUAUUCUCUCCUCCUUCUCUUCCCCGGAGGGUGGAGGGUUUGUUUCUAACUUCUCCCGAGUGACUCAACCUUUGGGAGGAUUAGGCGUUCCCGGUUCAGCCUGGGAAAUUUUAACUUCAAUUUCUGAAACACCGUUGUUUUUCUUUUCUCUUUUUAUUUUGGCCCUUUCAUUCAGAAUUCAUUACAGAAACCAAGCGUUGCCAGCUCAAGAGAUUUUCACUUUCUCACAUGCAACGUUAGAUGUGUUUCUUGUUGUGAAAUUGCCUUCUCCUAGGAAUUUGGAUCUCUGUACACGAAGAACAACGCCAGAUUUUCCAUUUCCGGCGGCUUUUUCCGGGAUAGUUGUUAGAUUUAGGGGUUUUGUCGUGGUUUCAAGCAAUGCUUCCCCCCAGGCAUUGUUCGAAUUCGGGGAGCACCUAUAUUUGGUUAUGAUUCGUGUUGAAUUAUAAUUUCAAAGAAGAGGUUUUCCCUGAUUUCUUUACCCGAAAAGAUGUUAUCCGUUUCGCCUUCCGCAUUAUCUCGGAGCCGGCUCGAAGAAAUGCUGGAGGCUCUCCAGCGUAGAACGGGAUAUGAUAAGCCAAAAGACUUGCCGCCGGAGCUGCCGGCUCGCCCAAAAUCCACACCUAGGACUAGGCCACCAUCCGUCAAGAGACCGUUGCCGAGAAGCUUGGAAACAGCGGAUGUUGAACUCAGUAGCUCAUGGAAUUGUAAUUCUAAGAAAGAAAAUGUUAGAGACUUCAGAGGGAACAAUUUCGGAGACUUCAGAGGGAACAAUUUCGGGGCUAAGAAAGCUAUGGAAAUGGACCUGAGCGAAUCACCUUACGGCAUGCCACCACAAGGGAACGACCAUAAACGGAUGUUGGAGCGAAGAGUUGGUUUGAAGCUUGCAAAUUCAUCUCCCCGUUUUCUCCCGAAGUCUCAUGAGGACGAGUGGACUGACACCAUUGAUUAUUUCAUCAAGGAGAAACUUCGUAUUUGGUGUCAUGAACAAAAUGGACAGUGGAAAUUAGGAACAAUACAUUCAACUACAGGAGAAAUAGCUUCUGUAUUGUUUUCAGAUGGAAAUGUCAUGAAAGUUCCCACUGGAGAGAUCUUACCUGCAAAUCCAGAUAUUCUUGAUGGGGUUGAUGAUCUGAUACAACUAAGUUAUCUGAAUGAGCCAUCAGUUCUUCAUAACUUUCAACAUCGAUAUUCUUGUGGAGCAAUAUAUAGCAAGGCAGGUCCUCUUUUAAUAGCAGUCAACCCCUUAAGUGAUGUUGACAUGCAUGGGAAUGAAUUUGUUACGGCUUACCAGCAAAAGCAGAUGAGUAGUCCUCAUGUGUUUUCUACUAUUGAUACAGCCUACACUGCAAUGAUGGAAGAUGGAAAAAAUCAUUCUGUCAUCGUCAGUGGAGAAACUGGAUCUGGAAAGACAGAAACAGCAAAAAUUGCUAUACAGUACUUGGCUGCACUUGGUGAAGUUAGCAAAGAGAUAGAGUCUAAACUGCAGCAGACAAGUUGUAUACUAGAGGCAUUUGGAAAUGCCAAAACACAUGGGAAUUACAAUUCCAGUCGUUUUGGAAAAUUAAUUGAGAUUCAUUUUGACACAACAGGAAAACUAUGUGGUGCCAAAGUACAGACUUUUCUUCUUGAAAAGUCAAGAGUGGUUCAACUGCCUCAGGGAGAGAGGUCAUACCAUAUCUUUUACCAGCUUUGUGCUGGGGCUCCAUCUGGUCUCAAAGAUAAGCUGAAGAUAAAAGGGGCAACUGAGUACAAUUAUCUUACCCAAAGUGACUGCUUGGCUUUAAAUGAUGUUGAUGAUGCUAAAAAGUUUCAUAUGCUUAUGGAAGCCCUAAACACCGUCAAGAUUUGCAAAGAAGAUCAAGAGAGAGUUUUUCAGAUGCUCUCUGCAGUAUUAUGGCUGGGAAAUAUAUCAUUUGAAGUGAUUGACAAUGAAAACCAUGUUGAAGCUGUGUCGGGUGAAGCUAUUACCAAUGCUGCUAGCUUGAUAGGUUGCAGUGCCCAGGACCUCAUAUGCACUUUAUCAUCCCGUAGAGUACAAGCUAGCCAGGAGAAGGUUGCCCAGAGGUUAACAAUACAACAGGCAAUUGAUACGAGAGAUGCAUUGGCAAAAUCCAUCUAUGGAAGCUUGUUUGAUUGGCUAGUAGAUGAGAUUAAUAAAUCUCUUGCAGCGGGGAAAGACCAUACAUACACAUCCAUAAGUAUUCUAGAUAUUUAUGGUUUUGAAUCAUUUAAGAAUAAUGGCUUUGAACAGUUUUGCAUAAACUAUUCAAAUGAGAGGCUUCAGCAGCAUUUUAAUCGUCAUCUAUUCAAACUUGAACAAGAGGUAUAUGAGCUGGAUGGAAUUGAUUGGACGAGAGUAGAAUUUAAAGACAAUCAAGAGUGUUUAGAUCUUUUUGAGAAGAAACACAUUGGGCUUAUCUCUUUACUUGAUGAAGAAUCAAAUUCCCUUGAAGCUAAUGAUUUAAGCUUUGCCAAUAAACUUAAGCAGCAACUGAAAGAAAAUUGCUGCUUUAAAGAACGAGAAGGGACAUUUAGUAUUCAACAUUAUGCUGGAGAGGUUCUCUAUGACAACAAUGGUUUCUCGGAAAAGAACAGAGAUGUACUGCAUUCUGAUAUUAUUCAGCUACUCUCAUCAUGCAGUUCCCGCCUUCCUAAGCUGUUUGCCACUUCUUUACUUGAUCAAUCUCAGAAAUCGAGUCCAAUUCUGCUUGAUGGAUUGUAUCCUCAGAAGCAAAGCGUUGUUACCAAGUUUAAGGUUCAAUUAUUUCAAUUAAUGCGGCAGUUGGAUAACACCACUCCACACUUCAUUUGUUGCAUAAAGCCUAACAAUAAGCAGCUUCCUGGUGUAUUCGAGAAAGAACUAGUCUUACAGCAACUCAGAUACAGUGGGGUUUUUGAAGCUGUGAGGAUUUCAAGAUCUGGAUAUCCAACUAAGAUGACACAUCAAUAUUUUGCAGAUAGGUAUGGUUUCCUCCUGGAUAAUAAUGUGUUCCGAGAUCCUUUAAGUACAGUGGUUGCUGUUCUGAAGCAAUUCAAUGUCCUUCCUGAAUUGUACCAGGUUGGGUAUACCAAGUUGUAUCUCCGAGCAGGACAGAUCGCUGCAUUGGAGGAUGCAAGGAAGAAAAUUCUUGAAGAUACUGUUGAACUGCAAAAGUUCUUUCAUGAUCAUCGUGCUGGUUGCGACUUUCAUGAAAUCAUUCGAGGAGUAGUAAUGCUUCAAUCUUUUGUUCGUGGUGAAAUUGCCAGAAAGCAGUGUAAUGCUUUGGUGAAUUCAAAAGUUCCGGUUGCUUGCAAAAAUGAUAAUGAGCAGUUCAUGGCUACACGGAUACAAUCAGCAAUUCGUGGCUUUUUGGCUCGAAGACAUCUUUAUAGCGAGCAGAAUUCACAAGCAUUAGUUUCUAAGAAACAAGAAACAGGCAGAAAGGUUUUGGAGGUUAAGGACUUGCCUUCAGAACGUUUACCAUCUGUUGUUGAAGAACUUCAGAAGCGCGUUCUUCUUGCUGAGGCUACCAUUGAACAGAAUGAAAAGGAGAAUGCAUCAUUAAAAGAGCAAGUAAAACAAUUCGAGGCACGGUGUUCAGAACAUGAAGCCAAGAUGAGUUCAAUGGAGGAGGGUUGGCGGAAGAAAAGGUCAUCUUUGCAGGCAAGUAUUGCUGCAGCCAAGAAUCUUAGUUCUGACAAUGCUGCAGUAUCCCCACCUCCUUACUAUUAUGAUUCUGAAGACGUUAUGUCUUUGGGACUUCAGACUUCUGGAGCAAGCACUCCGCUCAAAUUUCCUAACAGUGGUGUAAAUUUGGAAUCUAAUAAUAGAGAAAUGAAUGGUGCAAUGAAUCAGCUUGUAAGAGAGUUCGAGCAAAGGAAACAUUAUUUUGAUAAUGAGGCCACAGCAAUUUCUCAGGUAAAAGCAGCAGGGCAGUCACUCCCUUCAAACCUAGAAGAGGAACUCAAAAGGCUGGUGCUGAGAUUUGAGAAUUGGAAGAAAUCUUACAAGUUGCAGUUAUCAGAGGCAAAGGCAAAAGUACGCAAACUGAGGCAAUCAGCAGCUAAUUCUUCUUCAAGUAGAAGGACAUGGUGGGGGCUGAAGACUAAAUGAGUGCAACUAUAAUAUAAUAUAAUAUUGCUUCUGUGUUUGUAGGGGUAUGAAUAUAAUGUAUGUGAUAGAUGAAGUAAGGUUUGAAGUGCACCAGUUUAAUUAAGAUUAGUAUGAUUUUGUAGGAAACUUCAGGAGUGGUUGUGUAUAUUCAGUGGUUUCUAUACUUGGGUGGAGGAAUCUUCUACUAAACUAGCUUGCCUGUAAUACUGUAGAUUCAGUUUUUUUUUUUUUUUUUGUUAAAUGUGUAUGGAUGAUCAUCCCUCCUUUAAGUUAAUUCAGUACACUUUUUCUU